AUGGCUUCAACAGUGGCCUUGGCAUCACCAUCACCGUUUCUAGCAAGCAAAGGAUUGGGUUCAGCUAAGACAAAUGCUAUUUCACGCUCAGCCAGCUUUCCUUCACCGCCGCGUAGGCUGCCGGCACUGAGAGCUCAGGCCGGUGGAGAUGGCAGUGUUGACGUAGCAGUUCAUCAGGGUGGUAAUAACCAAGGGACUCAAAUGGAGAAGAGGCCUAGCGCUAGAAGGUUGGAUGUCGAUGUUUCACCUUUUGGUCUAUUAGAUCCCAUGUCACCAAUGAGGACUAUGCGCCAGAUGCUGGACACAAUGGACCGUCUUUUCGAAGACACUAUAACACUUCCGGGCGCCAGAAACCGAUCGGGAGUCGAGGUCCGCGCACCUUGGGACAUCAAGGACGAUGAGAAUGAGAUCAAAAUGCGGUUCGACAUGCCAGGACUCUCUAAAGAGGAUGUCAAGGUGUCUAUUGAGGAUGAUGUGCUUGUCAUAAAGGGUGAGCAAAACAAAGAAGAGAACAAGGAUGAUAAUGCAUGGUCUAGUAGGAGCUUCAGUUCCUACAAUACACGUCUUCAGCUUCCGGAUAACUGUGACAAGAGCAAAGUGAAUGCAGAGCUCAAGAAUGGUGUUCUCUACAUUGCCAUACCUAAGACCAAAGUGGAGCGCAAUGUCGUUGAUGUAGAAAUCAAGUGA